AACUUAACUACCCCUGCGCAAGUUGCCCGACCCAUGACGGGCUUUAGCGAAGUGAUCGAAGUUAGCGUACCGUUGCCACGGGUCCGGCAGCCGGCUAUCCACCACUAGUGUGGGACAAAGUGCCACGCACGUCGUGAUCGUGAGCGUUGUGCUACCUUGGAUGUUUUGGAACUUGUGCAACCUGCCGCUCACAUCUCUGUCGAUGUUCCAUUCACCUCUGAGUAGCUCCCAUCAGACGGCCUCUUGUGCCGCAGGCCUGCAGGCAACAACAUGAUGUUGUGCUGUUCUGGUCGUUCCUUCCCUUUGGCUUCAAGUUCACAAAGGGGCAAGAACGUUGAGAACAAUGAGGGCCACAGAGGCUUGACCAUGGCUAGAACCGACUUGGACCAAACCACUUUCACAGUGCCAUAACCUUCAUCCUGUGGACGGCUCUUAUCCUGCUUGUGUUGUCCUCCUCCGAACCCCCAAGAAAUAGGAACAAUGUCGGCCGCCGUGAUCAGCUCGCCUAUGCGAUCAGGCUAUCCUGCUCUGCCUGAGAUGCCCGUCGUUGCAACAGCGGCUCUGGCAGCAUUCAACGGCCUCCAGGAGAACCAGAUAAAGACCACAACGGGAGGCGGGAAUAUGCGGUUGACAGUUCCCGCCAAAAGUCGCAGUUUCGGCUUGCUGCACAUCGCUGAGGAGGUUCGCGUCUUGGAACUCGAUGGCCAAGAUCCGGGUGGUAAGAUGGGAGAAACAAAAGUCGGUCAAGAUCAGAACGAAAAGGCAAGUGAUGCCAACACGUUGUGUCUCAUGAGGACGACACUUGACAAAGUCCUCUCGAAAAUGGUCAUUGUUGUGCCUUGCAAGGAUGAGACACUCUCAGUCAUUAAGAGCGUCAUCUCUGCCAUACCUUCCAGCUGCCUCGUCAUCCUGGUCUCGAACUGCGAGAGAGGAGAACGAGAUCGCGAUCUGUACAUGCAGCAGGUGGAAAUGGUCAAAGCCUUUGCCAGACAGGGAAGGCACAUACUGGCCAUCCACCAGAAAGACCCCGCGGCAGCUGCCGCUUUCAAAGCCGCGGGAAUGCUGGACUUGGUCAACCCUUCAGAUGGCACCAUUCGAAACGGCAAAGGGGAGGGCAUGCUUCUCGCCAUUGCUGUCGCCGCAGCCUUCUCCCGUACCAGGCGAUAUAUCGGCUUUGUUGACGCCGACAACCUCCACCCGAGCUCGGUCAACGAGUACUGCAGGGCGUUUGCCGCCGGAUUCGCCAUGUCAUUGGCGCCUGAUCGGGAAAACACCAUGGUUCGACUCAAAUGGGCAUCCAAACCCAAGAUGAGAAACGGGAGGAUCGAGUUGGUUGCCGAGGGCAGAUGCUCAAAGGUCGUCAACCCUUGGCUCAACCGACUCCUCAUGGCUUGUGGCGGCAACAGCGGUCCCAGGGGCAUGUCGGACACCGACAAAGACAAGGGUUUCAUCACCACUGGCAACGCCGGUGAGCAUGCCAUGACAAUGGACCUAGCCCUCAAGCUCAGAAUGGCGGCCGGAUACGCCAUCGAGCCGUUUCACUUCGUCGACCUGCUGGAGCGAACCCAGACCCUGUCGGUUUCGGGCAAGGCAGCCGCGAAGCAAAACCACACCGCAAAAGGAACGGCAGACACUGGAAGCUCUGCCGCCGCUAGCCGCGCGGGCGCCGGCAUUAAGACCCCGAAGCCCCUGGACAAGCCGGUGCGAGUGCUCCAGGUGCGCACUCUCAACCCUCACUUCCACCGAUCAACGGACGACGACCACAUCACCAGCAUGUGGGCGGCCGGACUCGGUUCCAUCUACCACGGCACCGCCUCGUAUCGCCACAUCCAAAACUCGGAUGGCGGUCCGAUCUCGAAGCUGCGCCGCGAGCUGGACGCCUUCGCCGUUGAACGGGGCGGCUACGACAAAGAGACCGGAGAGCUCCCUCGACCAAGGGUAUACCAGCCUUUGGAGGACAUGGACAUGGCGAUGUUUCGGGAGGUGCUGGGAUCGAGUUUGGGGGCCGGGUCGCUACGGGCUUUAGGGUUCGUGGGCUGGCAUUCAGGCACGAUUUGAAUCUUCGGGGGACUUGCAUCUGUCAACAUCUUCCUUGCACUUCUCCUCGACACUUUCCUUCGGAUAUUUACCCAAAUUAUCCAAUCUUGCGUUCAAGAUAUCUCUUCGCGGGCAGGAUCUCCGUCGCAAGACACCCUCAGAGUUUAACUCAGACAUCGUCUCAUUUGAUAGACGUAAUAUUAAACCUGCCUUAGGAAACAACCGGAAACGUAAGGCUCUGGCCGUGAACAUACCGUACCAUAGCCGCUUAACAUGAUCUACCCUGA